ACGGAUUUACUGGACUGUGAUUUCUUCACCCGGAUCUUCCCGUUUCCCGGAUGAUCGCUCCGCCAUCCAAUUGAGCUAUUUCCAGCCUGUGAAUCGUGCCACUCCUCUACCGUCGGCUGGUCCCCGCGCAGAAUCGACUUCGUGAUAAGAUUUGAACUCACGGCAUCGUCAUGAAGCGAUUGACCUGGGCUUUGAUUCAGCUAUUGCUGUUGACGUCGUUGUUCGAGACGGGAUUCUCGGUGACGACUCGGUCCCGUGGAAAAAAGAAGGUUCCCAAGGAACCGAAGGAAAUAAACGUCUGCGAGGUCGACGUUAAACAGUCGCUGUACUGUGACUGCGAUAGCGACAAACUGAGAAACGCCACGGACGCUAAGUGUUUGAUACUGAACGAGGUCCGCGUCGACGACCCUGCUUGGGGCCACUUCACCUCGCAGAUGUACCUGCAGAAGCUGAAGUUCAUGGCCAGGAUGCCGAACUGGCUCAGGCAGAUACCAGUUCAACUGUUCAGACAGCUGAUCCAUCUGCAAGUGAUCACGUUCCAAGACGCCAGCAUCGAGGAGGUGAAAGAGUACACGUUCUACAACCUGUCGACGAUCACCGAGAUCAAUCUGAGCAGAAACCAGAUCACUACCUUGAAGAUGCACUCGUUUGAAAACAUGAAGAACUUGACGGCGAUCUACUUAGACGAAAAUCGUAUCACCGAGAUCAAUCGGGACACGUUCGUCAAUCUACCUUCGUUGAAGUCGCUCCAUCUAAGCGUGAACAACAUCAGCACGCUUCACGACAAGGCGUUCAAGCAUCUCACCUCGUUGGAGGAGCUCGAGCUGUUCAAUAACCAGAUCAAGGUGAUCACCGCGGACAGUUUCCACGGUCUUAGGAAACUCGUCACCCUCGACCUGCGCAACAAUUUGAUAGCGAUGAUCGGCGAUCGAACGUUCAUCGAGAUGCCGUCGCUCCGAGAGCUCGAGUUAGACAAGAACGAGAUCGUGUAUAUCUCCGACAAGGCGCUGGACGGGAUGAAGAACCUCAGGAAGCUGAGACUCAGCAAAAACAAGCUGGUCACUCUCGAGCCGGACUUCCUCUCCGGCGCGCCCGGCGUCAACUUCUUGGAUCUCAAGGAGAAUCUGAUGAAAACGAUGACCUUCGACAACAUCAAACCCAUCGUGACCAACCUGUACAACAGCACCAGCCAUUUCUACCUGAGCGGUGAGUCACUCUCGAUUAAACGACCAAAUCUCUUGCAUGCAUUUAACCCUUUGACUACUGUUGGCGCCUAUUGGCGUCCGAAACACAUUGGCUUCCCGGUACUGUAG